GCGCGGGUAGCUGGAAGCAGGAGGAGGACGAGGACGAGGACGAGCUGUGGCUGAGCUGACGAACAACGGAACGACAGGCGCCUGCGACCCAGACGUGGCUUGGUCACUCAUGAUCCUCGCCCGCCCUCUUCGCUCACUGAUCCGCCCCCGUCCUCUCGCCCGGCCCUUCUCUGCGUCGUCCACACCCAGAAUGCAGGUCGUUCCAGUCCCCGUGCGCGACGACAACUACGCGUACCUACUCAUCGAUACCGCCACAAACAAGGCCGCUGCGGUCGAUCCGUAUGACGUCCCAAAGGUGCAGGCCGCCGCUGAGAAGGCCGGCGUCCAGAUCGUCGCGAACAUCACUACCCACCACCAUUAUGACCACAGCGGCGGGAACAAGGCAUUCGCUUCCGCCUUCCCCGACGCGCCCAUCUACGGCGGCAGCGACAAAGUCCCCGCUCUGACGCAGCUCGUCAAGGACAAGGACGAGUUCAAGGUCGGCGACGGGAUCAGCGUCCGGUGCCUCGCCACACCCUGCCACACACAGGACUCGAUCUGCUACUAUGUCACCUCAUCCGCGUCGUCCCACCCCGGCGGCGUGUUCACCGGCGACACGCUGUUCGUCGCGGGGUGCGGCCGCUUCUUCGAGGGCACAGGCGAGGAGAUGCACCGCGCGCUCACCUACCUCGGCACGCUCCCCGACCAGACGGUGGUGUACAACGGCCACGAGUAUACUGCAGGGAAUCUUGCAUUCGCAAAGUCCGUCGACCCAGACAACACCGCGCUCAAGCGGCUCGCAGAGAUUGUGGAGGCAAAUAAGAUUGUGACCGGCCUUACGACCAUUGGCGACGAGAAGGAAUGGAACCCGUUCGCACGUCUGCAGAGCGCACCGGUGAAGAGCGCUACCGGGAAGUCUGACGACAGCGCCAUCAUGGAUGAGCUGAGGAACAUGAAGAACAGCUUCCGUGGCUAAGUGUGACGUCCAUGAAUCGCUACCGUUUGUGGUUCAAGAUCUAGGCAGGGAGAUGGGCAUUGCGGAGGCAUUCGAUACUAACUGUACUCGUAUGUGGCGUCACUCUCAAGUGUACAAGUAUAUGCAACGCAAAGUGGUUUGAUAGCAUCGACCUUUGCAAUUGUUUGACU